GGCUCGGCGGCCCCCCCCCGCCCCCCACCGCCGGGUCCCCCGGGGCUGCAGCAGCAGCAGCAGCAGCAGCAGCGGCGCCGCCCGCGGUUCCCGCCGGGGCCCGGGCGCCGGCCCCCCGGCUCUGCAGGAUGGGCACGGUGCUGUCGCUGUCCCCCGCUUCCUCGGCCAAGGGCCGGAGGCCGGGAGGGCUGCCGGAGGAGAAGAAGAAGGCGCCGCCCGCGGGGGACGAGGCGCUGGUGGGGGGCUACGGCGCGCCGCCGGCGGGCAAGGGCGGCAAAGGCGAGAGCCGGCUCAAGCGGCCGUCCGUGCUCAUCUCGGCGCUCACCUGGAAGCGCCUGGUGGCGGCCUCGGCCAAGAAGAAGAAAGGCAGCAAGAAGGUGACGCCCAAGCCCGCGUCCGGAGGCGCCGACCCGCUGGUCCAGCAGCGCAACCGCGAGAACCUUCUCCGCAAGGGCCGCGACGCCCCCGACGGUGGCGGAGCGGCCAAACCCCUGGCCGUGCCGGUGCCCACGGUGCCCUCGGCCGCCGCCCCCUGCGAGCCCCCGUCGGGGGGCAGCUCGGCCGCCCCUCCGCCGGGCUCGGGCGGGGGCAAGCCGCCGCCCCCUCCGCCCCCUCCCCCCCCGGCCCCGCAAGCGGCGGCUCCCCCUCCGGCCCCCGGGGGCUCCCCUCGCCGGGUCAUCGUGCAGGCGUCCACCGGCGAGCUGCUCCGCUGCCUGGGCGACUUCGUGUGCCGCCGCUGCUACCGCCUCAAGGAGCUGAGCCCCGGCGAGCUGGUGGGCUGGUUCCGCGGCGUGGACCGCUCGCUGCUGCUGCAGGGCUGGCAGGACCAGGCCUUCAUCACCCCGGCCAACCUGGUGUUCGUGUACCUGCUGUGCCGCGAGUCGCUGCGCGGGGACGAGCUGGCGUCGGCCGCCGAGCUGCAGGCCGCCUUCCUCACCUGCCUCUACCUCGCCUACUCCUACAUGGGCAACGAGAUCUCCUACCCGCUCAAGCCCUUCCUCGUGGAGCCCGACAAGGAGCGCUUCUGGCAGCGCUGCCUGCGCCUCAUCCAGCGGCUCAGCCCGCAGAUGCUGCGGCUCAACGCCGACCCCCACUUCUUCACGCAAGUCUUUCAAGACCUCAAGAACGAGGGCGAGGCCGCGGCGGGAGCCGGGGGGCCGCCGGGAGGGAGCGCGGCGUCCGCCCCCUCCGCCUCGGCCGCCAGGGACAGCUGCGCGGCCGGAGCCAAGCACUGGACUCUGAACUUGGACCGCUAGGGAGACCCAGGGGCCCGUCCCCCGCGUCCCCCCACCCACCCCAGCCCUCCCCAGCCCCUCACGCACACCCGGGACCCUUCCCCCCACUCCCACCCCCACCCCGGGACCAUCCAGCCACCGCCGCUCUGACUGCUGUGCUCUA